AUGGAGCCCGAGCUCGACCCUGCUGCUGUGGAGGUUCCCGCCGGGCGCGUGCUCUGUGCCCGGGAGCUCCUCGCUGCCCGCUCGCGGUCCCAGAAGCUGCCUCAGCGCUCGCAUGGGCCCAAGGACUUCCUCCCCGACGGCUCGGCCGCGCAGGCCGAGCGGCUGCGCCGGUGCCGCGAGGAGCUCUGGCAGCUGCUGGCGGAGGAGCGCGUGGAGCGCCUGGGCAGUUUGGUGGCUGCCGAGUGGAGGCCGGAAGAGGGCUCCGUGGAACUGAAGUCUCCUGCGGGUAAAUUCUGGCAGACCAUGGGCUUCUCAGAGCAGGGCCGGCAGCGACUUCACCCCGAAGAGGCCUUAUAUCUGCUGGAGUGUGGCUCCAUCCAGCUUUUCCACCAAGAUCUGCCACUGUCUAUUCAGGAGGCCUACCAGCUACUGCUGAGUGAGGACACUAUGACUUUCCUGCAGUACCAGGUAUCUGCCACCCUCUCCCAGGGGAGCGACCAUCCAUCCACUGAGUCAGUGAGGAUUUAUAAGUACCCAUGAGGUGCUAGACACAGAGCUAUGUGCUGGAACUACAAGACAGCCAAGGGCUCUGCUCUCGUGGUGCCUGCAUGCUAGUGGUGGCAAUUGGGAAUAAGUGAGCAAGCAACUGAAUGACUGACUUCACAGAACUGAGGGCUGGGAAGAAGACAAAGCAGGGGAGGGGCACAAGGCUAGAGACAUAAAUGUGGACAUCAUGAACGCGUGGAUGGCUGUCAAACCACAGGGCUGUACGGGAACGUGGCCAGAACAGAGGGCUGGGUCUGAGACCUGGAGCAUUCCAGUGUGAGGAGGUCAGGGGGAAGAUAAGGAACCAGAAACAGACCGAGAAGUGUCUGACAACGUAGGAAAAAAACCAGGAGAGGUGGUAUCACAGAAGCCAAAAGAAGGAGAAAUGAUUUUGGCUAUGUUGAAGGCUGCUGAGAGAUCAAGCAGGAUGGGGUCAGUCCUGCGUACAUCUCUCUGACAUGGGUAUUAGAACACAAGGAUGGACAUGUGGUUCUUUACCAAAGACCAGUCCUACCCUACCCCUGUCUGUGGAGGUGUAGGGUGGAGUGGUAGGGAUGGGGGUGUGCUAUCACCUUUGGCCACUUCCUUGUUCACACUGUGGUCAGGAGCUUUGCUCCGGACAGCUUUUCUUUUUAAAGAUUUUAUUUAUUUAUUUGACAGAGAGAGACACAGCGAAAGAGGGAAUACAAGC